CCCCUGUCUUCACCACACGCGCCAGUCAGGCACCUGGAGCAGCAGUCACGAAGCAUAUAGCGCGGGAUUAAACGAAAGCUUAUGAGUAAUUGGCCAUCCUUCCUUUCUUUCUGUCAAAGGAGAUAAAGCAGAUGCUUCAUGCGGAAUGGAAGGGGAUUUUGUUUCACCAAAGACGCAAUGAGAGGGUCUAGGUUCAGAGAUCAUUGAACAUUUGGUUGAUAGACUUAUCAACAGAAUAUACGAGUUUUUUGCUCUGUGACGGAAAGUACUGUAGUUCAUUUUUUUUCCUGAAGUGCUGUAUUGUACCGAAGUUGACAUGGCUCUUCUAGUCCACCUAAAGACGAUCCGGGACCUUCGUGGAAAGGGGGACAGAAUCGCCAAAGUCACAUUUCGAGGUCUGUCGCUCUACACGCACGUGCUAGAAAACUGUGAGGAUGAGGCCAGAUUUGAUGAGACGUUCCGAUGGCCGACUGCCAGUAGAGUGGAUGAAAAUGAGAUGCUGGAAGUUCAAGUGUUCAACUACAGCAAAGUCUUCACCAACAGAGUCAUUGGAACCUUCAAGAUGGUUCUACAGAAGGUGGCGGAGGAGGGCCAGCUAGAGGUGACAGACACACUCAUCGACGACAACAACACCGCCAUCAGGACCAGUGUUACCAUAUACAUCAAGUACACGACCAUGGAUGGGACUGUGGGGGUUUGGAGUGACGGAGAAUUCCUGGACAUUCCGGGUGACCCGGAGGGAACGUUCCAGUUUGAGACGGACAGUCUGCUCUCCGGACACAGCCAGGGGUCAGGAGUGUCACCGGGGCGAUCCAUCCAUGGAAUCCCCACUUUUAGGAAAGCGGGGAAGGGGGUAUUCUCAGCCAUGAAGCUCGGCAAGACCAAGAGCUCCAAGGAUGACCACAAGAAAGAUGAGCCAGCCAUCUUGGACAUGGAGGAUCUGAACAGGAAGGCCAUGCGUCUGGGAGGGGUGGGGGUUCUGGACCCAGACUGCAUCUCCCUGGCCUCCGUCACUGCCGUCACCACCAAUGUCUCCAACAAGAGAUCAAAGCCUGAAAUAAAGAUGGAGCCUAGUUCUGGGAGGCCUGUGGAUUACCAGAUUAGCAUCACAGUCGUUGAGGCCAGGCAGCUGGUUGGCCUUAACAUGGACCCUGUGGUCUGUGUGGAGAUUGGGGACGACAAGAAGUACACCUCCAUGAAGGAGUCCACUAACUGUCCCUACUACAAUGAGUAUUUUGUCUUUGACUUCCACGUCCCACCAGAUGUCAUGUUUGACAAGAUCCUGAAGCUCUCAGUGAUCCACUCUAAGAACCUGCUGCGGAGUGGCACCUUAGUUGGCACUUUCAAGCUGGAUGUUGGCACAGUCUACUCCCAGCCUGAGCACCAAUUCUACCGCAAGUGGGCCACACUGUCUGACCCUGAUGACAUCACAGCCGGCUGCAAAGGUUACAUCAAGUGUGACAUCGCCGUGGUGGGGAAGGGGGACAACAUCAAGUCUUCCCACAAGGCCAACGAGACGGAUGAAGACGACAUAGAAGGGAACCUCCUUCUUCCGGAGGGUGUUCCCUUGGAGAGGCAGUGGGCGCGGUUCUACGUGAAGAUCUACCGAGCCGAGGGCCUUCCCAAGAUGAACACCAGCAUCAUGGCCAACGUGAAGAAGGCCUUCAUAGGGGAGAACAGAGACCUGGUGGACCCCUACGUACAAGUGGUCUUCGCCGGACAGAGAGGGAAGACGUCGGUCCAGAAGAGUAGUUAUGAGCCGAUCUGGAAUGAGCAGGUGGUCUUCACGGAGAUGUUUCCUCCGCUCUGCAAACGCAUGAAGGUCCAGAUAAGAGACUCCGACAAAGUCAAUGACGUCGCCAUAGGAACACACUUCAUUGACCUGCGAAAGAUCGCCAACGAUGGUGACAAAGGGUUCCUGCCAACCAUGGGCCCAGCCUGGGUCAACAUGUAUGGCUCCACCCGCCAGUAUACUCUGAUGGAUGAGCACCAGGACUUGAAUGAGGGGCUGGGGGAAGGCGUGUCCUUCAGGGCCCGCCUCCUCAUCUCCGUUGCCGUGGAGAUCCUGGACACCACCUCCACGGAGAUUGUAAGCUCCACCGAGGUGCAGGUGGAGCCUGUCUCUAACAUCUCAGAGAGUGUUACAGGGAAAAUAGAGGAAUUCUUCCUGUUUGGUUCCUUCCUGGAGGCCACCAUGAUCGACAGGAAGAUCGGCGAUAAGCCAAUCAGCUUCGAGGUCACAAUAGGCAACUACGGCAACCAGAUAGAUGGAGUGAGCAAGCCCUCGGCAGCUAAGAAGAAGAAGAAAGAGGGAGGAGGAGGAGAGAGUGAUGAGGAGGAGUCAGAGUUGAUCCAUCAGAACUCCAGUGAGGACGAGGCGGAUGAUGAUGGGGACCUGGUGUCUGUGUCCUCCUCCCCUCCCAUGAAACCUGUCAUCACAGACAGGAACUACUUCCACCUGCCCUACUUUGAGAAGAAGCCGUGUAUCUACAUCAAGAGCUGGUGGCAGGACCAAAGGAGACGACUUUACAAUUCCAACAUCAUGGACAAGAUCGCUGACAAACUGGAGGAGGGUCUGAAUGACGUGCAGGAGAUCAUUAAGACAGAGACAGCCUAUCCAGAGCGCAGACUCAGAGGGGUGCUGGAGGAACUCAGCACUGGCUGCAAUCGUUUCGUCACGUUGGCCAACAAGGACCAGAACCAGGCAGGCAGAACCAAACUGGACAAAGAGAGACUCAAGUCCUGCAUGAGAGAGAUGGAGAGCAUGGGCCAGCAGGCCAAGCUGAUUCGCUCCCAGGUGAAGAGGAACACAGUGAGAGACAAACUGAAGAUGGUUCAGAACUUCCUGCACAGGCUACGUUUCCUUGCCGACGAGCCCCAGCACAGUAUCCCAGACGUGUUCGUAUGGAUGAUGAGUAACAACAAGCGUAUCGCCUACGCCCGCAUCCCCUCCAAAGACAUCCUCUACUCCAUCGUAGACGAGGAGACAGGCAAGGACUGUGGCAAGGUCAAAGCUGUCUUCCUCAGGCUGCCUGGUAAGAAGGGGUUUGGUCCAGCGGGUUGGACAGUGCAGGCUAAGAUGGAGAUGUACCUGUGGCUGGGCCUCAACAAACAAAGGAAGGACUUCCUGUCUGGCCUGCCCAACGGCUUUGAAGAGAACAAGGCUCCCAGGACAGGCUCUUGUCUGCAGUCUUUACCCCCUAUCAGUCUGGUUUAUAACAUGAAGCAGGUGUUCCAGCUGAGGGCUCACAUGUACCAGGCCAGGAGUCUGUUUGCUGCAGACAGCAGCGGCCUGUCGGACCCCUUCGCCAGGGUCUUCUUCUCCACACACAGCCAGGUCACUGAGGUCCUGAGUGAGACUCUGUGCCCUACGUGGGAUCAGCUGCUGGUGUUUGAUGAUGUCGAGCUGUUCGGGGAGGCCGGCGAGCUACGAGACGACCCGCCUAUCAUUGUGGUAGAGGUCUACGACCAGGACACUGUGGGCAAGGCAGAGUUCAUUGGCCGGACGUUUGCUAAGCCCAUCACUAAGAUGUGUGACGAGCACUACGGACCCCCAAGGUUCCCCCCUCAGCUCGAGUACUACCAGAUCUACCGUGGUAACUCUACCGCCGGUGACCUACUGGCUGCCUUCGAGCUGCUACAGAUUCCCUAUGACGAUGAGGAGAUCAGGAGGGCUCUGAUUGCUGUCCAUGACUUUGCAGUUCCUCAGAUUAAGAUUGGGCAAGGGGGGAGGGCGGAGCUUCCUGCCAUCAAUGGUCCGACAGACUCAGACCGUGGACCCAUCCUCCCUGUGCCAAUGGGCAUCAGACCUGUCCUAAGCCGUUAUCGCAUAGAGGUUCUGUUCUGGGGCCUGCGGGACCUGAAGAGGGUGAAUUUGGCCCAGGUGGACAGACCCAGGGUGGACAUAGAGUGUGCAGGGAGAGGAGUCCAGUCUGCACUCAUCGUGAACUUCAAAAAGAACCCCAACUUCAGCACACUGGUCAAGUGGUUCGAGGUGGACCUGCCAGAGAACGAGCUGCUCCACCCUCCUCUUAACAUCCGGGUAGUGGACUGCAGGGCGUUUGGCCGAUACACCCUGGUGGGUUCCCACGCCGUCACCAGCCUACGACGCUUCAUCUACAGCCCCCCAGACAAGACGCAAAACAACUGGGCCAGCACAGCUAGACUGAUGAAUGGCUACAUGGUCCUGACCAACGGGGGGUCCCAAUCUCGCCCCUCCUCCCCUUACUCCCGCACCCUGCCCCGCACCCUCUCUCACCCUACAGGUGAUGUCAUAGUCAACAUGGAUGCCAACCCCUCAGUCAGGAAAAUGGACACGGUGGUCAAGUUAGAUGCUUCGUCUGAUGCAGUAAUUAAAGUUGAUGUGAAUGAGGAGGAGAAAGAAGAGAAGAAGAAGAAGAAGAAGAAGAAGAAGAAGGGAGAGGUGGAGGAGGACGAUGAGACCGACGAGAGAAUGCUGGACUGGUGGUCCAAAUAUUUUGCUUCCAUAGAGACACUGAUGGAGAUCCUCAGGGCCCAGGAGGCAGCUCUGGCUGAGGCCGAGGAGAGGGAGGAGCAGGAGAUAGCAGCAGAGGGAGCAGAUAUCAAACCUGAUGACCACCCUGUAAAAGGCUCCAAGGGGAAGGAGAAGAGCCGAGACAAGAGCAGGAACAAGGACAAGAAGAAGAGUCACCAUGCAGGAGAGGGGACAGAGAAACGCCCCAGCAAACCCAAAGUGAACGAGCUGCUGGUGUACAACAAGGAGUUGGAGGCAGAGUAUGAUAACUUUGAGGACUGGCUCCACACCUUCAACUUGUACAGAGGGAAGGCAGGGGACGACGAUGAAGCAGCUCUGGAUGACGACAGGAUCGUGGGCAGAUUCAAGGGCUCCAUGUGCAUGUACAAGCUGCCUCUGUCUGAGGAGAUCACCCGGGAGGUGGGCUUUGACCCUAACAUGGGCAUGUUCCAGAGCAUUCCACACAAUGACCCAAUCAAUGUGCUGGUGCGCGUCUUCGUAGUCAGGGCCACAGAUCUCCAUCCUGCUGAUGUCAAUGGGAAAGCGGACCCCUACGUCGUCAUCAAACUGGGCAAGUCAGAGCUGAAGGAUAAAGAGAACUAUAUCUCCAAACAGCUCAACCCUGUCUUUGGCAAGGCGUUUGACAUGGAGGCUACGUUCCCCAUGGAGUCCAUGUUGACCGUGUCAGUGUACGACUGGGAUCUGGUGGGCACUGAUGACCUCAUCGGGGAGACCAAGAUCGACCUGGAGAACCGCUACUAUAGCAAACACAGAGCUACCUGUGGCAUCGCUAACAACUACUCUGUGCAUGGUUACAACAUGUGGCGUGACCCCAUGAAGCCAAGCCAGAUCCUGGCCAAGCUCUGUAAGGAGGGCAAGCUGGACGGACCCCACUACGGCCCCGGGGGAAGGGUCAAGGUCGCCAACCGUAUCUUCAUGGGUGCCACAGAGAUCGAGGAUGAGACUGGUCUAAAGAAGCAGACAGAUGAGCACCUGGCCCUGACGGUGCUGAAGCACUGGGAGGAGAUCCCUAGGGUGGGCUGUAAACUCAUCCCAGAACACGUCGAGACAAGACCCCUGCUCCACCCUGAGAAACCUGGCAUCGAACAGGGGCGGAUUGAGAUGUGGGUAGACAUGUUCCCCAUGGACAUGCCAGCACCUGGACCCGCCAUCGACAUAUCACCACGGAAACCAAAGAAAUAUGAGCUCAGGGUGGUUAUAUGGAAUACAGACGAAGUAAUACUCGAGGACGAUGAUUACUUCACUGGGGAAAAGUCCAGUGACAUAUUUGUCAGGGGGUGGCUGAAAGGGCAGCAGGAGGACAAACAGGACACAGACGUCCACUACCACUCUCUGACAGGCGAGGGGAAUUUCAACUGGCGCUUCGUGUUCCCCUUUGACUACCUGAUGGCCGAGGAGAAGAUUGUCAUCUCUAAGAAGGAGUCCAUGUUCUCCUGGGAUGAGACAGAGUACAAGAUCCCUGCACGCCUCACCCUGCAGGUCUGGGACGCUGACCACUUCUCCGCUGAUGACUUCCUAGGUGCGAUAGAGCUGGACCUGAACAGGUUUCCCCGUGGGGCGAAGACAGCCAAGCAGUGUUCCAUAGGCAUGGUCCAGAAUGAGGCUGAGCUGCCCUGCAUUUCCAUCUUCAAACAGAAGAGAGUCAAGGGCUGGUGGCCAUUCAUGGCCCGCGACGAAAACGAUGAGAUGGAACUCACGGGUAAAGUGGAGGCGGAGCUUCAUCUGAUGUCGGCAGAGGAAGCGGAGAAAAGUCCUGUUGGUCUGGGACGCAAUGAGCCUGACCCUCUGGAGAAACCAAAUCGGCCGGACACCACAUUCCUGUGGUUCCUGAGCCCGCUGAAGGCUAUCCGCUACCUGGUGUGUAACCGCUACAAGUGGCUUAUCAUCAAGAUCGUUGUGGCCCUGCUGCUGCUCAUGAUGCUGGGGCUCUUCCUCUACAGCAUGCCUGGCUACCUGGUCAAGAAGCUGCUGGGGGCCUGAGGGGGCUGAUUGGGGCUGCAGGGAUGGGUACCAGGGUGGGUUGGGGGUGGGCUGGAGGUGGUCGAGACACAGAGGAGUGGUGGGUGGGUGGGGUUCCAUGCACUUCCACUUUCCAUUGUUAAUACUCACAUCCUCAAACAACAUCCCCCAGUCUCUCCAUCAGUACCCUCCCCCCAAACACACUCGCCUCGGUGUUGCUGAGAGAGGGCGUGUAAGGGAGAGAAUAGGGGAGGGAAAGGUGGAUAGAUGGGAAGACAAGAUGACAGCAGCCCCCCAGUCCACUCCCUCCGCAUCCCAGCCUUGCCCCUUCUCCACCGCCCCUCUAACCAUGGCAGUGCUGCUCAACACACAUACUCAAUGACUUCCUAUCCCUUGGUCUCCUAAAGACUAGGAACAACCAUCUACUUUCGACUCUACAGUAGCACAGUGGGCCUAACCGAUCAAAUGCUUCAGGAUGCUAACCAAUCAGAAACCUCAUCCCUGCACUGACCACUGACUAACCAAUCAAACUACUCAACCCUGAUCUCAUCAUCAACAAUGCAGCAUAACCUGAUGUUACAUUUCAGAGAUGGUUUAUUUAUCUAUGUAUGUAUUUGUUUAUUUAUGAAUCAAUUGAUUUGGAAGUUGCCGGAGUCUGGUGUAGCAAUCUAAGCUUCCGAUUCCGGACUACACAUGCCCCCUGGCGAUGGGGAUUCGAUCCCCGGCUCGGCAGAUUGUCCGCACCCUUCCUUUCUGUAUCCCUCUCCAUUGUUUACUAUUCUGUACUUAUAACUGUCUUGUCAAUAAAAUAAUAAUAAAUAUGGAAGGCGAUCGGAGCUCCCGGUCUCCUAAAAACAUAUUCAAUUAUUUGGAAGGACAUUUGAUCAUUUCUCAAGUGAUGUUGUAAUCAUUUCCAUUACUAUUUAUUUAACCUUUAUUUAACUAGGCAAGUCAGUUGAGAACAAAUUCUUGUUUACCAUGACGGCCUAGGAACAGUGGGUUAACUGCCUUGUUCAGGGGCAGAAUGACAGGUUUUUACCUUGUCAGCUCGGGGAUUCAAUCUAGCAACCUUUCGGUUACUCUUAACCACUAGGCUACCUGCCGCCCCAUGAGACAGUGCCUAUGAUAUGAUUCAGUGCCAUUGACUUUUUCAACAUUUUGUUGUGUUGCAACCUGAAUUGAACAUUUCAUACAGAUUCAAACACAAAGACUAGGGAGAUUUUCCAAUGCCUGGCAAAGGGAACCUAUUGGUAGAUAGGUAAAAAAUUAAAAAAUCAGACAUUAUAAAGAGGUUACCGAAGUUGCUUGUUCUGCCCACUAUGAUCAAUUUGCUCCCUUCGGAAAUGAUAGGCUGUGCUCUAUCUUGGGUUAGUUAUAAUAAAUCUUUGUCAGGGUUAUGCUUGUAAUCGAUAAGGACUAGAUGAAAACCUGUUUCAGUCUGAUUUGCACCAGACACUGGGAGAAAAAUUCACCUUUCAGCAAGACAAUAAGUUAAAACACAAGGCCAACACACAAGGUUCCUGAGUGGCUGAGUAACCGUUUUGACUUAAAUCUACUUGAAAAUCUAUGGCAAGACCUGAAAAUGAUUGUCUACCAAUGAUCAACAACCAAUUUCACAGAGCUUGAAGAAGUUAGAAAAGAAUAAUAGUCUUAGAGACCCAGAAAGACUCACGGCUGUAAUCGCUAUCAAAGGUGCUUAUACAAAGUAUUGACUCAUGGUGAAUACUUAUUUAAAUUAUAUAUAUUAUUUCUGUAUUUAAUUUUCAAUUAAUUUUCUCAAAUUUCUAAAAACAUGUUUUCACUUUGUUUUUAUGGGGUGUUGUGUGGGUAAUAAUUUUUUUGAUAUACAUUUUUCAUUCAGGCUGUAACACAACAAAAUGUGGAAUAAGUCAAGGGGUUUGAAUACUUUCUGAAGGCACCGUAUGUCGGUUUUGAAAUGGGAAUCAUGGGGCUGGUGUGAGCUCUCGAACUGGAUCAAAUCAAAUGUUUCCCAACAGUUCACAAGCGUUCCUCUUUAGCUCUUGCAGCCCUUGCACACGUCUUCUAAAAUAAUGAUGAGACUGAAAACAGAUGUCUAUUUUCCUAGCACCUAUUGUUGUUUAACAAGAUGUAAAGAGAGACAAAUAAUACACGAAUAGCUUUCGAAUAUGAAUCAAUUAGAGAAGUAAACUCGCUAUGGUUUGGCUUAAAUGAUGCCGUCAAACACCAACAUUUUUUGGAACAAAGUUUGUUUCUUCACCGCUUUCUUCAGUGACCUGGAAUGCUUCUUAUUGGUUCUUACAGUUAUCCAGAAAAUAUACAGUCAUUUUAGAGUAAUAUAAGCAUGCAUCUGUAUUCUAACAUCUCACAGUGAUUCAGUUUACAUGGUCUUCAGAUAUGGCAUGACUUCCUUUCUACUAUAGCUUUUACAGUCGGCUUUUAAACCUUUUAUCUGUCUGGAUCGUGGCACGUUUUAAUCAAUGCAGAUUUCCCGGACCUGAAGUGGUUGUGUGCACCUUAUAGCGCGAGAGGUCCGGUAAAAGGGAGGUGCGGCUUGGCCUCUUGACCUCUGCCCUGUCGGCCUAUCAGAUGACUUUGUUUGCAGUGUGCAGUUCCCUCUGGUUUUCCCUUGCUUGACCUACUUGUAGUUAUGACAUCAUUUGUGUUGCAGUCAUUUUAGUGAUCUCAUUGUUCACAAAAUACAAACCGACAAAAAAAGAUUUUGUUUGCACUAACACUAAUAAGUGUAUUAUAUUCUCCUGUUGAUGAGUAUGCAAUAUAAACAUUUUGUCUGUUUUAACAAUGAUUUUAAAUAAAUGGAAAUUAAUUGAAAUAACAA